AUGACGAAGAAUUGCUCGGUUGAACCUGCAGCGCUCUACAAGAUAUUGCUCCACUCCUUGAAACACACGGCCGGUGUCAAUGGCGUCCUGCUGGGCACUGUGAGCGUCGGGACGGCCACCGGCGCCGGGCCGGCCACGGCGGUGCGAGUGGUGGACGCCGUUCCCGUCGGCCACGGCUUCGUCACUCUCACCCCCGUGCUGGAGAUGGCCCUGUCACAGAUUGAAGGGUAUGUUCAUGAGCAGGCAGGCUCGACUUGCCCUUUGGGACUGCGCAUCGUUGGCUACUACCAGUGCAACGAGCGGCUGGGUGACAGCGAGCUGGGGGGUGGACGGCGAGUGGCCGACCGGAUUGAGGCCGCGUUCCCCGACUCUGUGGCUGUCGUGCUGGACAGCACCGUGAUGGACACGGCACUGCAGGCGGCUGUUGCGCAGCAACAGCAGGAUCAGGCAGGAAAGCAGCAAGUUGAGGAGGAGCCGGUGCUGGCGCUGUUUGUGAAAGACGGGAUGCGUGGCUGGGUGCGGGCGUCGGCCAGCGAUGGCAAGACCAGGCUGCACUGCCCCACCCAGGGCGUUGCAGCGCAGCUAGCGCAGUAUGCGGCAGAGGGACGCCACAGGGCCCUGGUUGACUUCGAGCAGCAUUUGGACGAUAUCAACGCCAACUGGCUCAACACGGGGCUGCUGGAGGGGCCAGCAUAA